AUGCCAAAACGCGCCCACCUUGCCGUCAAACUCGCGAAGCAGGCCACGCAGGAUGCAUUGGCGGACAAACUGAGAGAGUCCUAUGGCGCUGGGAAGGGCAAGGGCACGUAUGUUGAGGUGCAGCUGCGGGACCAGACUGCACGGCUAGACAUUCUUACGCUCAAGGGGUUGUCGGCCAGUUUGCGGGACUGGAUCUGGGCACUCUUCGAGCAGAACAUGCGGACACUAUACGAGCACUCUUCAGAAGGCUACGACCCCGCAGAGAAGCGACAAGAGCUCUUCCACCCCGACUCGCGCUUCCUCAUUCUCUACUCGCCAACAUCGGCGGACAAACCCGUCGGCUACUGCAUCUUCCGCUUCGACACGGAAGAGACGGCAUCUGAUGACGACGAAGAGCUAUACGACGUAGCGUAUUGCUAUGAACUACAAGUGGAUCCGGCUGGUCAACGGAAAGGAGUGGGUCGGGUCCUUAUGGAGGCGCUGGAGCGGAUAGCAAAAGCGUGGAAGAUGGACAAGACGAUGCUCACCGUGUUCAAGGCCAACCGCGACGCUAUCCUAUUCUACGAGAAGCUUGGAUACACGGAGGACGAGGUGGAUCCGGGCAACUUUGGCCUGGACGACGCCGUAGACUAUUGGAUCAUGUCAAAGACUGUGUCGUAG